AUGUCAUCCGCGAAUAGUUUGCCACUUCGCCGAUCUCAAAGAAAAGUUGCUAAAACCCCGGAUUUGAGUCUAGCCACCACGGAAAAGAGGCCCAGAACAAAUAGAAGUGAGAAGAUGGCUUUUUCAAAGCUGAAAGAUACUGAAGAAGUUCAAGUUGGUCAGGUGGGAAGGAGUGGUAGUGAAGGAUCAAAGAGGAAUUUGAAAAAGCCGAGGAAAAAGGAAGCGUCUUCUGAAAUAGGGAGUUUAACUUCGUCGUCGACCAAUUUGAAUGAAGAAACAGAUGAAAAAUUGGAGCCGGAGAAAAAGAAAAAAAAGGUUGUGGUAGGUUUAAGUGACGAACAAAAGUCUUCUGCAGAAAUACUAGGAGCUAAGGUUUUAAUGGCAGCUAAGGGUAGCCAAAAAAUGAUUGGGAUGCAUACAAGUGCCGCUGGUAGUUUGGAACAAUCAAUUUAUAAUGCAGUGGCUGUCGGAUGUCGAGCGUUUGCUCUAUUCGUCCGUAAUCAGCGGUGUUGGAACGCGCCUCCUUUACUUGAUGAGGUUGUCGAACGUUUCAAGGAAGCUUUGGAAAAAUACCCAUAUCCGUUACACUUAAUAAUGCCUCAUGCUUCCUACUUAAUAAAUGCUGGUUCGUCUGACCCUGAGAAGUUGGAGAAAUCUCGUGCUGCUAUGCUAGAUGAGUGUGAACGAUGUGAGAAACUUGGAAUAACACUAUAUAAUUUGCACCCAGGAUCUACUGCUGGGUCGUGUACGAAGGAGGAAUGCAUAAGGACAAUUGCAGAUACACUCAACUAUAUCAUCGGAAAAACGAAGUUUAUUACGCUGGUGCUUGAAACUAUGGCGGGCCAAGGGAACACGAUUGGUGGCUCCUUUGAUGAGUUGCACCAAAUUAUAUCCUUGGUAAAAGAUCAGAACAGAGUGGGAGUUUGCAUCGACACGUGCCAUAUUUUUGCCGCAGGGUAUGAUAUUCGUUCACGGGAGGCCUACGAAAGUACCAUGGAGGAGUUUGAUAAAGUUAUUGGCUUUAAGUUUUUAAGAGGUUUACAUAUGAAUGAUUCUAAAGGGGAUUUGGGCUGCCACCUGGACCGUCACGUGAAUAUUGGUCAUGGCAAAAUAACUAUGGUUGGGUUUGCCAAUUUUAUUAAUGAUCCCAGGUUGGAUAACUUGCCAAUGAUUUUGGAGACUCCUGCAGGGAGCGAGCAUUUAGAAAUGAUCAAAUUAUAUAAAACUGCUAAGCAGAAUAUGAACUAA